AUGCCCAAUGCUCAUCUCUCAACAAGAGACGUUGAAGGUCUAGACUGGAAGCCGUGUGACCUGCCUUUGCCAGAGGCAGUCAAAAACGCUACCACAGUCCCAGUCGACUGCGCUACACUUGAAGUUCCUCUUGACUACACCAACCCCAAGUCAAACAAGAAGCUACAAUUGCAGCUUGUCAAGGUCAAUGCAAAAGAGAAGCCCGUCAAGGGAAGUGUUAUCUUCAACCCUGGAGGUCCUGGGAGUAGUGGUGUUGAAGAGGUCACACAAAAAGGCCCACUCUAUGUCAAGACUCUCGGUGGUCACUUUAACGUAAUUGGCUUCGAUGCACGAGGCACAGGCCGAACCUUGCCAUUCAUUUGUGACACCGGAAGCGCCGCCCCUGACACUCCUGAAUCAACAAAACUAUCCCGCCGCGACAACAAGUACCCUCACCCCUACUCCGACGUACCACCAUCGCCACUGUACGAUCUUCUCAAGUAUCAGGUGUGGGAGCUCAGUGAAGAGUAUGCCAAAAUCUGUGUCGAGCCCAACAAGGAGAAUGCCACCUUCUACGGAACAGCCUUCGUCGCCAGGGAUAUGCUGGCCAUUGUUGAUGCUCUCAAGGAAGAUGGCCUCCUUAGGUUCUGGGGACGCUCUUACAGUACCAUUUUGGGACAGACCUUUGCUGCCAUGUUCCCUGACCGUGUUGGCCGUAUGCUUCUCGAUGCUGUGGUUAUUCCCGACGAGUACUACUCUGGUACCUGGUUCAGCGCCCUUUCAGGAGUGGAAUCGACAAUCUUGCGAUUCUUUGAAGAAUGUGUCGAUGCUGGUGUUGAUUAUUGCCCUCUCGCCAACUUCACAGGCCCAGAUACCACCGCCCAAGGCCUCAUGGAUGCUACAGUCGAGGUCUGGGACGAACUCGCCAAGGACCCAGUCUUGGUAUCAGAGGAAUUUCCCAUCCCUUAUCUCACACCUGGAAACAUCCACUCGGCACUCUACGCCCCAGCGUCCUUCACUGGCAUGUUUCAGGUGCUCAUUCCUCUUCUAAACCGCAACUUUAGCAUGUGGACCGACCCUGUGAAGCCAGAGACACCCGAGGAGCAAGAAGAGCCAUGGAACAUUUCCCAGGGGCCCAACUUUCACGCGAUUGGGUGCUCGGAUUCCACCUUCAGAGCUAACUCUCCAGAGGAUAUGUACAAUAUUGUCGAGGGUCAGAAUGCGCAGAGCUCAUUCGGCGAGAUUCUUGGCCCCAAGACAUGGAUGUGUGCUCGAUGGCCCGUGUUUGCUGCCGAGAGAUACGAGGGAGAGUGGCAAGGAUUGAACACCAGCUUUCCGCUUCUGUUUGCCAAUGGCCGAUGGGACCCAAUCACGCCUCUCAUUGGUACCUGGAAUGCUGCAUCGAGGUUCAACGGAAGUCGAGUGCUAACCCAUGAGGGCUUUGGUCACGGUGUAAUGAAGCAGCCGUCCGACUGCACCAACAAGGCGAUCCGAGCGUACUUCCAAGAUGGUGUCCUGCCUGAGCUGGGCACCAAGUGCAAGCCAAAUAAGAGUUCUUUCGAGCAGUUUGCAAUUGAUCUGGAGAAGGGAGUUGGGACCGCGCCAUGGGGGAAUGAGUAA